UGCUCGGAACUUGCCCGUGAACAUAAUUCCAUACCAGAUAAUUCGCCUUCUGCACCCCACUGUAGCAUUCCAGACAGUGUAUAUAUUGCCAUAUCCUGUAAUCCAUUGCCCACCACCCAUCGUAGCAACUCACAUCAACUCAGCAUCGGACUGUGACGACCAGCCUCCAAGGGUUAAUAACAUAUAUUCCCAAAUAGAAACUCUCAUAUCGAGGGGGAGGGACCUGCCCAUGGGUGAUAAGCUAGGUAUAAGUCAGCAUUAGAGCGCGCUUUUCGGGGAAAUCAAUUGCGGAGGAGCUCCAGGGAGUCAAGCUUGGAAUCGAGAUUUCGAGUGAUUAUUUGUGAAUGGGAACAAGAUAGGGUAACCAACUUGGGUGACCCGGCGAAAAGUUUCUCGCUUCUUUUCCCCCAGUCACAGUGCAGUUAAUCGUGCCAAGGCUUAGUCACAACCUUGGCACGAUUACGGUAAAUUUACUCGCUGGUUCAUUUUUCUACGAAUGCGGACAGUCUAUCCCAAACCCUCCCAUACCACAAGGAAAAAAACAACGUGCCCUCUUAAAAAAUGAAAAAUGAAAAAUCUCACCCACUCAAUUACCCCCUCAUGCCCCAAAUCUGCUCUUAGCGGGUAAUUACUUGGUAGUAGUUUUCACUUUCUUCAUCGUGGAGACUCGGGAUCAGGUGUUGUGAGAGAAGGGUGGGUUAGGGUUGUGGACUGUCGGGAUAGCAAAUGAACCGGCGAGUACCGUACACCCGCCAAUCUCCCGACCAGGACGAAGGAAGGAAGGAAGGUGUAGUCACUCUUUCAACACUUUCCCUGCUGUAAAAAAAGGGCUCAGUUAUCAAUCACUUCCUUCCCCGCCCGCUCCAACGGUCAUGACUUCGCCCACCGCUUCGCAGAAGUACUUGAGUACCCGUGGUGGGUCUUACGGAGUGAGUUCCCCUUCCUACCGCCCGCAAUCCGAAGAAUCCAGGGACUAAUUGGGGAGGAAAGUUCACUUUUGAAGCCGCCGUCCUCAAAGGCCUCGCAAGCGACAAUGGCCUCUUCAUCCCAGAGGCAAUCCCAACCCCACCCGCCAACUGGCAAGAAACCUGGAAGACCCUCUCUUUCCAAGACCUAGCCUUCGAGGUCCUUUCACUCUACAUCUCCCCUCUCGAGAUCGCUGCCCCAGACUUGCGGGAGCUAAUCACCCGCUCGUACUCCACCUUCCGUCACGAGGACAUCACACCACUCAAUACUAUCCUCCCGGACGCAAACCUGCACGUCCUGGAACUGUUCCAUGGUCCCACGUUCGCUUUUAAAGACGUUGCGUUGCAAUUCCUUGGCAACUUGUUUGAGUAUUUUCUUGUUAGAAAGAAUAAGGAUGUGAAUGAGGGGGAGGGCAAGAGACACCACUUGACGGUGAUCGGCGCUACAAGUGGAGAUACCGGAUCCGCCGCUAUCUACGGCCUCCGCGGGAAGAAGGAUGUGUCGGUAUUCAUCCUCCAUCCGAAGGGCCGAGUGAGCCCAAUUCAGGAAGCGCAGAUGACGACAGUGCUAGACAAGAACGUGCACAACCUCAGUGUCGCCGGAACCUUCGAUGACUGCCAGGAUGUGGUAAAGGCGCUCUUCUCGCAUCCCGAAUUGUCAAAGUCCCAUAACCUAGGCGCAGUCAAUAGCAUCAAUUGGGCCCGGAUCCUCUCCCAGAUUGUCUACUACUUCCAUUCCUACUUCACCUUGCUCAGGCGUCUACCGGCAGGAAGCGCACCCAUUAUUCGCUACGUCGUGCCAACGGGAAACUUUGGUGACGUGUUGGCGGGCUACUAUGCUAAAAAGAUGGGCCUGCCAAUUGAUAAGCUCGUCAUCGCGACGAAUGAGAACGACAUCCUGGAUCGCUUCUUCAGAACGAGCCGCUACGAAAAGCUUCCGGUGUCCAUAGGGGAGGAGGAAGGUAGCCUAGCAGUGGGAGGGGUUAAAGCAACUCUUUCACCAGCAAUGGACAUCCUCGUAUCCUCCAACUUCGAACGUCUGCUUUGGUACCUAGCAUACGAGAGCGAAGCCUCCGAUGCUGCUGACGAAGACCAGAAACGUGUCCGGGCCGGUGGCGUGCUGAACGAGUGGAUGGCCUCCCUGAAGAACACUGGUACUACCGUGGUCUCCGAAGACGUGCUUAGCAUUGCGAAGAGGGACUUCACUUCCGAGCGCGUUAGCGAUAAACAGACUGUCGAGACUAUACGACACAUCUUCACGACCCCGCCCUCCGCACCUUACAUUCUCGACCCGCACUCGGCCGUUGGAGUCACUGCUUCCUUGAGACUUAUCAAGGCUUCGCGGGCCGCUGGUGAAGAAAACGUCCAUCAUAUUUCAAUGUCAACCGCACAUCCAGCAAAGUUCAAUCAUGCAGUGGAUCUGGCGCUCACAGGGGUUAGUGGCGGGGAGGGGGUUGGGGAGUAUGACUUCGAGAAGAUGGUCAGGCCGCAGGAGUUCCUCGGCCUGGAGGUUAGGGAAAAGAGGGUCCGCAACGUGGAGAGGGUGGAUAUCGAGCUUGUUAGACAGGUUCUUGUCGAAGAGCUGGAGCAGGAAGGGGUUGGAUCAUAGUUUUAUAUAUGUUUGUGGCUUUCCACUAAAACCAGCUUGAACUACAAUAGAAUGCCCCUAUAGUACUGUCAUAUCCAUAAAAAUAGAAUAAAAGAAUCCCUUUGAGAAGUGUUUUUUA